CAUCUCUAAUUAUUGGCGCCGAUUAUGACGUCGUAUCACGUGUCAAUUAUUUAUGCAAAAUAGCGUCCUCCGACCUCGCCUGUCCAUAGAUAUCAGAACAGAUCAUCAUGUCGGCAGAUUCACAAUACGCUGGUUAUGGCGCCACCCAACAGUCGUAUGGGUAUGGAGGCACUGCUGGAUAUCAACAGCCUGCAGCUCAACCUGUAGCUAGCACUGGUUACCAACAACCAGCAGCUCAGUAUGGAACGCCUGGAUAUGGUCAAACCGCAGCCGCUCCUGCUCCUGCAGCAGCCGUAGCCGCAGCACCCCAGGCCUCUACUGCUGGCUAUGACUACUCUCAACAACAGAGUCAGCCACAAGGUCAGCAGUCUUACUCAACUAGCACGUACAGUCAACCAGCCGCACAGCAGCAACCACAAGCAUAUUCAGCUGGUUUCAGCCAGCAGGCCGCUGCUAGCACGCCCAGCACAGGGUACGCCCAGCCUCCUGCAGCUCAGCCAUCAUACAGCCAGCCAGCUGCAGCCGCCCCGUCAAACUACAGCCAACCCCCUGCCCAGCCGCAGCAAUCCCAGGGCUACCAGCAGCAGCCGCCGCCGCAGCAGAGUCAACCAGGAGGCUACAACCAAGGAGGCUACCAGCACCCGAGCUCUGGAGGCUACAGUCAACCACAAAGCCAGCAGUCAGGUGGUGGUGGUGGUGGAGGUGGUGGCUAUCAACAAGGCAGUGGACAAGGAGGUGGAUAUCAGCAAGGUGGAGGGUACAACCAGCGACCUGGAGGGCCUGGGCCACAGGGAGGUGGGGGAGGAUACAGACCCCCUCCCCAGGGUGGACCAAGUGGCGGUGGAGGAGGAGGAGGAUACAACCGAGGAGGUCGUGAUGAUGGAGGCCGUGGGGGCAGUGGUUUCGGGGGAGGACGAGGAGGUGGAGGAGGAGGAGGGGGUCGUGAUGGAGGAUUCGGUGAUCGUGGUGGCGGAAGGGGUGGAUUCAAUAAGUACGGUGGUGAUGGCGGUGGUGGUGGAGGAGGAGGCGGCGGUGGAUUCGGCCGCGACUCUGACAAUGGAUACAACAAAGGAGGUGGAGAGAUGGAAGUACAACACGAUACCAUAUUCAUCAGCGGAAUGCUGCCAAACAGUGUCGAUGAAGACAAGAUCAAGGAACACUUCGGACAGAUCGGUAUCGUCAAGCUUGAUAAGAGGACGAACAAGGAUAGGAUCUGGAUCUAUAAGAACAAGCAAACACAUGAACCUACAGGAGAGGCUACAGUGACCUAUGAAGAUCCUCAUACAGCUACAUCAGCUAUUGAUUGGUUUAAUGGCAAGCCCUUCAAUGGUGCUACCAUCAAGGUAGAACUAGCCCAGCGUCCAGCCAACCGACUCGGUGGUGGUCGCGGCGGUCGUGGAGGUGGUGGAAGGGGCUUCGAUAGGGGUGGUGAUAGAGGUGGACGUGGAGGGCGUGGCAUGGACAGGGGUGGCCGAGGUGGUGGUGGACGUGGAGGUGGACGCGGAGGACCUGGAGGUGGUGGAUCAUUCCGUGAAGGAGAUUGGGAAUGCUCCUCGUGUGGUAACAAGAACUUUGGAUGGAGACAGAACUGUAACAGAUGCUCAGAAGCAAAGGAAGGAGGUGAUGGUGGUCCCGACAUGGGUGGCGGCAUGAGGGGAGGCCGUGGAGGUGGAUUCCGUGGUCGUGGUGGUGAUCGUGGAGGUGAUCGUGGACGUGGAGGGUUUGGUGAUCGCGGUGGUGGUCGUGGAGGUUUUGGAGGAGGACGAGGUGGUGGAUUCCGUGGUGGGCGUGGCGGUCCCGGAGGACCAGGUGGACCCGGUGGUCCAGGAGGGUUUAAGAUGGGUGGAGAUAGGAUGGGCGGAGAUAGGCGAGAUAGAAGGGAUAGGCCUUAUUAGAUUCAGCAAGGGUUUAGAUGUAUACAGACGCACACCAGACAAACGAUCGUUGUCAUGAUUUAAUGGAUAGAAAUUAACUUUUAAUCUCACAUGGACUUGUCAACUGGCCAGUGUUGCGUGAGUUCACGAACUCUUUUGAUAUCAGGAGGUUUAUGUUGAGGCUGUAAAUAUUCUUGUUUGUGUAGCUUCAUUAUCUCAAAGUUAAACUGAUCUAUUCUUGAUGUAAAUGAGUGAUUUAGAAUCGGUCUGUGCAUGGGGAAUUUUAAUCAUGGUCUAUUAUCAGGAAAGUUUAACCCAAGUUUGUUAAAUGUAAGGCUGAUCACACAUGCACAUAGAAAUUGGCACUGAUCAAACAAAACCAUUCUGAGUUCUGUGCUAAACAAUUGAACAGAUAUCUGGAGAAAUGACUCACUUUGUAUGCAUUGUGCUUUUUGUUUAACUCCCUGUUAUCAAAUAUUGUACUAGUGUUUUUUUAUAAAUAAGGUGAAUGCUUUGAAUGUUGGUAAUUUAUAAGAAAGCUUUUCUCUUGCAUGAGCAACACACAACCUGGAUAAAGUUAAUUGAAUCUUUUUAAGUGCCAAUUAUUGGGAUUGAGUAAAGUAAGCAAGCUGUCUUCAAAUUUCCAAAACAAGCAUCAACCACAUUUUAAGGAAUGCCACAAUUAAGUGCUGAUUUUUUUAUCAAUUUCUUUUGGGUCAAAUUUCAUUUCAUUAUAUCAUUUGUUAAGCGUUGUAUUUCAUGUCUAUAUUGUAAGUAUACUGUAGUGGCUUUUCUGCCUAUUUUUAAUGCUACGUCUUUGUCAUUGUUGUAAAAUAGAAUAAAAAGGUGAUGUUCCUGGAAAAUGUGA